AUGAACCGCCUAACCGAGCGCGCAGCAAGGAAGUGGUGGUCCGGUCCACUGCUCAUGAGGAAUACAAGAUGGAGUUGUGAUAAAGUGACCUCGCUUGCACCCACCCGUAGAGCGAUUCACGUUUUCUUUACAUACGACAAGAAGGAACAUGACAGACUAUUAAGCAUUAAAAGAUAUGACCAAGGGAGAGACAAGUCCAAGAUGGUUCUUCUAGAUGUAGAAAAAUGUGAAGGGGAGAAAAUAAAGAAGAAGAUUCACAAGUACCUGAUCGGAGGAGUGAUUCUGUCAUCUAUAUGUAUAUGUUUAAUUGAGUUUGAUGUGGUUACAAGUUUGUAUGGCUACUUACUCUCCUUUGGGCUGCUAGCAUUUUAUACUUUAAAGUUAUACUCAUGGAAGUCAGUUGUACUUAGGGCAGUCCUAGAUGUAAAGAACAGACACCUGCUACUGUACCCGUUUAAAAUGAUUUCGAGACAGGGGAUGAAAAAACAAAUCAUUUUAUCUCUUCACGAAAUUAAAUUCAUUCGAACAGAUGGAAAUUUUAUUAAAAUGUAUUUUAAGGGGCAUAGUUUGCUCUCCUUUCUUUUUCAGUAUAACAUGGUUACUCCGCUGUGCAUGCCGAGGUACACGUGUGCCCAGACGAGUGAACCCGCCAAGGAGGAUACGGACGUGUUAUACCACUACGAUUAUAACAAUUUGAAUGUUUCAGCGUUCGGUCAAAGGAAUGCAGUGGGGACCCGCGCAGUGGGCGAGGCUGCUGCCGUUGGCUCUGUUGGGGCUCUCCCCCGGGUGCGCAAAAAUGCGGAGGGUUACCCGCUGGACGUGGCGGAGGAGGCCAAGCUGCUGUCGCUCCUCCGUGGUGCUUAG